UGUUAAUUUAUAUCUCUAGUUAUAUCUGUUGUUAUAGUUCUAGUUCCAGAUUCAGUACCAUGUCUAACUUCGACGAUUUUAUUAAGAAGCAGCAGGCAUUGAAUAAGCCUAAGAGUUUUGGCUAUAAAAAUGCCAAUAUAACUCCUAGUAGUUAUCAGAAUCUGCAACCAUUUGUACCUCAAGGAGGUUACAAUGCUAAUGCUAAUUAUAAUAACAAUAAUAACUAUAAUAAUCAAAGUUAUAAUAAGUACAAUAAUGCUAAUACUAACAAUUACAAUAAUAGAAACUUUAAUAGAAGUAAUAAUCUUCAACAAUCUUCUUCAAUUAAUAGUCCUAUUGAAUCUUUACCAACUAGUGGUACUGCCACUCCUGAUCCAAAUGCAUCUACUACUUCUUUAACUUCACUUAAUACUGCUUUAAGUAAAUUAAAUGUAUCCAAUGUACCAUUCCAAGAGAAUUUAUUUAAUAUUGAAAGAGCCACUAAAAUUAGUGAAGUAAGAUCUGAAGUUGAAAUUAUUAUUGAUAUUAUUGCUAAAGAAUCUUCACUUGAAGUUAUUGAUGAAUGGAAAUUAUUAAGUAUUAUUAAAUCAUUUAUUAAACCAAAGAAUUCUCCAUUAGUUAGAGAAGCUGCUUUAUUAAUAAUUCAACAAUUAGCAAUUAAUUUUGGAGGUCAAAGUCCAAAGGAAGCUUAUCUUAUUCAAUUUUUUUCAGUAGCUUAUGAUAUGUUUGCUGAUAAAGAUAAAAAUGUUAUUAAAGCUGCUAAAUCGGCUAUUGAUACUUUAUAUGGUAUUUAUCCAGUUGAAGCUUUAGGUUCAAUUAUUCUUGAUAAUUUUUUAAAUUAUUUAAAAUCUUCUGCAAAAUGGAAUUCUAAAUUAGCUGCUUUAGUAACUUUUGAUAAAUUAAUUGAAGAAGUUCCUGCUGAUUUAUUAGAAUUAACUUUUGUUAGAACUGUACCAGUUUUAACUGAUUUAGCCACUGAUUUUAAACCAGAAUUAGCAAAACAUGGUUUAAUAACUUUAAAAUCUUUUGUUAAAGUAUUAGAUAAUUUGGAUUUACAAAAUAAAUAUGAUUUAAUUGUUGAAACUUUAGCUGAUCCAACUAAAGUUCCUGAAUGUAUUAAAAAUUUAUCAUCAGUUACAUUUGUUGCAGAAGUUACUGAACCAGCUUUAUCAUUAUUAGUACCAAUUUUAGAUAAAUCUUUAAAAAUGUCUUCAUCAUCAAAUGAACAAUUAAGACAAACUGUUACGGUUACUGAAAAUUUAACUAGAUUAGUUAAUAAUAAAAGAGAAAUUGAAACAUUUAUUCCAAUCUUAUUACCUGGUGUUGAAAAGGUUGUUAAUAAUGCUUCAUUACCAGAAGUUAGAGAAUUAGCUACUAAAGCAUUAAAUGUAUUAAAAGAUGCAGAAAAUGAACAAACUGAUGGGAAAUUCCAUGGAAGAUUAACUUUAGAACAAUCUAAAGAAUUCUUUAUUGUUUCUGAAUAUCCAAUCAUUGUUAGUAAUUUAAAUCUUAAUAAUGAAAUUGAAAGUAAUUAUUUAUCUCAUGUAUUACAAGCUGAUGCUCAUGUUAAUGAUUGGAAACGUUUAGAAGAAUAUUUAAUUUCUCUUGUUAAUACUGAAAAUGAUAAAUCUGAAUAUGCUAAAUCAGUUAUUCAUAAUUUAAGAAAAUUAUAUGAUCCAGAUACUGGAAAUUCCAAUACUAAUGAAGAUGGAUCUAUUGAAAUUGUUAAUGCUGAUUUUUCUUUAGCUUAUGGAUCUCGUAUGUUAUUAAAUAAAACCAAUUUAAGAUUAUUAAAGGGUCAUAGAUAUGGUUUAUGUGGUAGAAAUGGUGCCGGUAAAUCUACUUUAAUGAGAGCUAUUUCUAAAGGUCAAUUAGAAGGAUUCCCAAGUGCUGAUGAAUUAAGAACUUGUUUUGUAGAACAUAAAUUACAAGGUUCAGAAGCUGAUAUGGAUUUAGUAGCAUUUAUUGCAUCUGAUCCAGAAUUAGCUGGAGUUGGAAGAAAUGAAAUUCAAAAUGCAUUAUUAGAAGUUGGAUUUCCUCAAGAAAGAUUAGAACAACAAGUUGGAUCCUUAUCAGGAGGUUGGAAAAUGAAAUUAGAAUUAGCCAGAGCCAUGUUAAUGAAAGCUGAUGUAUUAUUAUUAGAUGAACCAACUAAUCAUUUAGAUGUAACUAAUGUUAAAUGGUUAGAAGAUUAUUUAGUUGAACAUACUGAAAUUACUUCAUUAAUUGUAUCUCAUGAUUCUGGAUUUUUAGAUGCUGUUUGUACUGAUAUUAUUCAUUAUGAAAAUAAAAAAUUAGCUUAUUAUAAGGGAAAUUUAUCAGAAUUUGUUAAAGUUAAACCAGAAGGUAAAUCUUAUUAUACUUUAACUGAUUCACUUGUUCAAAUGCAUUUCCCACCUCCAGGUAUUUUAACUGGAGUUAAAUCUAAUACUCGUGCCGUUGCUCGUAUGAGUCAUGUUACUUUUGCUUAUCCAGGAGCUCCAAAACCAUCUUUAAAAGAUGUAUCAUGUUCUUUAUCAUUAUCUUCAAGAGUUGCUAUUGUUGGACCAAAUGGUGCAGGUAAAUCUACAUUAAUUAAACUUUUAACUGCUGAAUUAGUUCCAAAUGAAGGUACGGUUGAAAAGCAUCCAAAUUUAAGAAUUGGUUAUAUUGCUCAACAUGCUUUACAACAUGUUGAACAACAUAAAGAAAAAACUGCUAAUCAAUAUUUACAAUGGCGUUAUAAAUUUGGUGAUGAUAGAGAAGUAUUAUUAAAGGAUUCUCGUAAAAUAUCUGAAGAAGAAAAAGAACAAAUGGCAAAAGAAUUUGCAAUUGAUGAUGGUAGAGGUCCAAGAGCAAUUGAAGCAAUUGUUGGUAGACAAAAAUUAAAGAAAUCAUUUCAAUAUGAAAUUAAAUGGAAAUUUUGGUUACCAAAAUAUAAUUCAUGGGUUCCAAGAGAAGUAUUAUUAGAACAUGGAUUUGAUAAAUUAGUUCAAAAAUUUGAUGAUCAUGAAGCAUCAAGAGAAGGUUUAGGUUAUAGAGAAUUAACUCCAUCAGUUAUUAGAAAACAUUUUGAAGAUGUUGGAUUAGAUGGAGAUAUUGCUGAUCAUACUCCAAUGGGCUCACUUUCUGGAGGUCAAUUAGUUAAGGUUGUUAUUGCUGGUGCUAUGUGGAAUAAUCCUCAUUUAUUAGUAUUAGAUGAACCAACAAAUUAUUUAGAUCGUGAUUCUUUAGGUGGUUUAGCCGUUGCUAUUAGAGAAUGGUCAGGAGGUGUUGUUAUGAUUUCUCAUAAUAAUGAAUUUGUUGGAGCUUUAUGUCCUGAACAAUGGCAUGUUGAAAAUGGUGAAGUUAUUCAAAAGGGUACUGUUGAUGUUGAUAAUUCAAGAUUUGAAGAUCAAGGAGAUUCAACUGAUGGAUCAGCUGUACCAUCACGUUCAUCAACUCCUCAACCAAAGAGACCAGAUGAUGAUGAUUCACCAGCCAAUAUUAAAGUUAGAAUUAGAAAGAAGAAGUUGACUAGAAAUGAUAAGAAACUUCAACAAGAAAGAAGAAGAUUACGUCAUAUUGAAUGGUUAAGUUCUCCAAAGGGUACACCUAAACCAGUUGAUACUGAUGAAGAAGAUGAAUAAACUCUAUAGUAUAUGAAUAAUUUAUAGUGUAUAAUAGCAAUUUAUUUAUUGUAAUAUGAAUAUUGUAGCAGGUUAGAUAGAAUGCUACAAGAGUUGUUAGAGUAGUAGUAAUAGUGCUAGUAGUAAUUUACGAUAGUAUGUUGUAGUACAGCAGGUACAACAUAGUAGCUCGUACAGUG